AUGGGACCCAAGCGGUCGAUGACGUACCUUGCACGCCUGAUGCAACGACAUUCUGCUGUAACAAGGGUGAUGUUUGCAUGUCAAAUGGCCUAUGCUAUCUUCAAGGAAAGCGUGGAUUUGCGCUUUCUCGUGCAAGCUGUACUGACCGAAGCUGGGAUUUAUGCGGAUCAUACACAUAUUGCAGUGGGUGUUGUUCCGACAAAAGGUCCAUGCUCAUGGAUCCAACUGACCAAACUGCCCCUAGUGCCUUAUAACAAGAAAUCCGGCUUUCCUAUCGUCGCAGCACAAUAUAACGGCAGUAAAACCUCCUAUUGCUGUGGCACAGCCUCCUGGAAUAACCAGACAAACAAAAUCGACUGCGGAAACUUCGAAUCCGUCAGCAUUCCAAGCGGCACAGCCAUACCAGGCGUUGCUGGACUUUCAGUGAAGUCGCCCGCAACUGAAAGUGCUACCAACACGACUACACCAGGGUCUAGCAAUGGCGGCUCUAGCUCCAACACCUCGCGUGAGGCGGCGAUCGGCGCAGGUGUUGGGGUUCCACUCGGAGUGAUAGCCGUCGCUUCUAUAAUAUGGGCCUUGUGGGAGCGUCGGACGCGUCUCAAGGCUAUUUCAACGCCACUUCCGAUGCCAGUUGCCGAAUCUGCCGUGGGGACAUUCCAUCAACCAGGAACACCCCAACGUUUUGUGGAGCUGGGGGCUGCUCAUGUGUCAGAGAUAGCAACCAGUGAUCGCCCUAAAAGUCACACUGAGAGUCAAUGA